AUGAUUGUUAACAACUUUUCCCUAUCAGAUAGUGACAAUAACAUUAUAAAUAAGAAAGACUUUUUAAAGAGCAAUGAAACGAACUCUUACCAUAGUGUCGAUCCGAUUGUCAUGAGUGAAGAAGAAAGCAUAAAUACAUGCUAUGAUAAUAAAUUAAAACACACAACUAUUCAGUUGAAUACAACUAAUGACUAUUUCGCUAGAAAAAAUAAAAAAUUUAAUAAAUACAAAAAUAUUAUAUUAGCAUUAAAGAUAUUUAACGAAAGUCUCGAUUUUACGAGCGGCAACAUAAUAAAUACCUUUAUCCAGGAAAGAAGCAGAAAAGAGGGGAGAAAAAAGGGAACAAAUAGGGGAGCAAAUAAGGGAGAAAAAAAGGGAGCAAAUAAGGGAGCAAAUAAGGGAGAAAAAAAGGGAGCAAAUAAGGGAGCAAAUAAGGGAGAAAAAAAGGGAGAAAAAAAGGGAGCAAAUAAGGGAGAAAAAAAGGGAGCAAAUAAGAUAGGACACACGAUAGAACACAAGAUAUACAGAGAGGGGCCGAAACGAAAGGCACCAUUACUAAACAGCUGUACAAAUCAUAAAAAACGUUAUUCUAAAAAUGAACCAACUGAAACUAGGAGGAAAUAUAGAAUAAUUAAAAAUAUAAAACGAAUUAUUAAAAGAAUACAAUAUAAAACUUAUUACAAACAUAUACAGUAUUAUAAACAAGUUAGAAAGUUAUGGUUAUUACAUUAUCUUUUAUGCUCCAAAAAAAAGAAAAAAUAUAUAUACGUGAAUAAGCGUAAUAAAUGCAUUCGCAAGAGUACAUUAAAUACGCAUUCAGACUACAAACAUACCUUCAAUUCAAUUACUCUUAACAUGAGUGAUAUGAACAAUGAUUUGACUUUUGAGGAAAAAGAAAGUGACAUGAAUGAGAGGGAAGACAAGGAAGCAGAAGAGAGUGAAAGGGAAGGUAUAGAAAGGGAAGAGGAGGGAAUGUCUAACAAUAUGGGUUUGUUUUGCAAUGUAGAGGGUAAUGCAGAUAGUAAGGAAAAGAGCACUAGUAACCCUGCUGAGAAAAGUUAUGAAAGGAUACAAAGUGCAAAUAAGAGGGGGGAAUGGGGAAAGCCAAAUAGUUUCUCUCCCUUCUCAGGGAAUGUACAAAACUUGUCAGAACAACAACAAAAAAAUAUGUUUUAUUAUAAUAGCAAUGAAAACAGUAAGGAAGAGCAUUAUCUAAAUGAUAAUCGUAAAUAUGACUUCGUUUCUGAAGGGGAAUUAAAGAAUAAGGCAACUACAAAUGAUGACAAAUUGUCCAGUUUUGUAAGUAACACUAUUCUAAAGGGUGAAAAUAAAUGCGAUCAUUAUUCCCUUUUAUAUUUUAAUGAAAAUUAUGGAAAUGAUGAAUUAAAAAGAGUGGACACUUCGAUAUUCAGUGGCAGUGGUAACAAAAGUAGUAGUUGUAUUGCUAACUGCUGUUGUGGUAAUAAGGAUAACAACACUUACAGCAAUAUGACGAACAUCAAUGCAGAAGGAAAUGAAGAGGGGUACAAUUAUUCUCCUAAAAGUAAUACAAAUACGAAGACAAACUUUUUAUUCAGUAAUAGAAGUACGUUGCUUAGUAAGAGUAAUAAGUUAAGUGCGAGGGAAAUGCGCUAUGAUAACGAUGAAAACAAUGAGCAUGAUAAAAACAAUGAGCAUGAUAAAAACAAUGAUCAUGAUAAAAACAAUGAGCAUGAUAAAAACAAUGAGCAUAAUAAAAACAAUGAGCAUGAUAAAAACAAUGAUCAUGAUAAAAACAAUGAUCAUGAUAAAAACAAUGAUCAUGAUAAAAACAAUGAGAACGAUUUAAUAAAAUAUACGUAUUAUGGGUUCGGCGAAAGAGCCUUUAAAGGGUGUAGUGGAAGCAUGGGACAUAUCAACAACAACCUUACAAGAAUAGGUGAAGUCAAUUUUUUACGGGAAGAUAUAUUUAAAAAAAGAAAUACGUGUAACAGGAAUAUUUGCAACAGAGAGAAUAAAAAGUAUGUAGAGUACAUCAAGGGGGUAUAUCAUAAAGGGGUAGAUCACAAAGAGGUGGGUCGUAAAGAGGUGGAAUGCAAAGCAACUGAUCACAAGGGUGCAAAUGGCAACGGAUCAGACCAAAAAAUCCCUUUUGGAAUAAAAAAAAAAAUUUUACUGGAAAUAGAACGCAGUAAGAACAAUGAGCACAAGGAUAAAAUGAUACUAAAAUUCAAAUCACUGAGUGAUGUUAAAAAUGGAAGUAAUAAUGGCACAGUGGGUGUUAUAAACACGAUGCAGAAUAACAUGAUAUAUGAAGACGAUUAUUUGUAUAAAUAUAAAUGGAUAGAACGUUCACAUGGGAGUAAUACACUAACUAGUAAGAGAGAAGUAGAGGAUACAUACAAAGAAGAAGGAAAUAAAAUUGGUAACCAUAAUUCUAAUUAUAUGUAUAAAAAUUUUUUUCCUUCAUCAUUUUACGCAAAUUCGUUUUAUGACAAUGAACGCAUUUCAUACAAUGAUAAUGAUAAUGAUUCCCAUUUGCAUAUUAGUAAGAACAGAAAUAUAUCAGUUCAUCCAUUGAAAAAUUUUAAAAAUAAUAAUUCGAUUAACUGUUUUAGUACCCUGUCUAAUGGCUACAAAAAUAAGGUUAACCAUUUUUUUGUAGAGGAAAAGAACAUAUUUUUUGACUCCAUCCGAAAUAUUAUACGUUUAACGAAAGAGAUAAAAAAAAUUAGAAUAAAUUUAGAAAUAGAAAGGAAAUAUUCAUUUGUUUUAUGCGAUGAAAAGAAAAAAGAUGAAUUCAACAAUUUGAUAGGUUAUUUAACAUAUCAAAAAACGAUUAGAAAAAAAUUAAAAAAAUAUUAUUUCGAUAAAAUUAAUAAAGGCUUCUUCACUUUCUUGCUUCGAAGCAAUUAUGCCAAUUUUACUUUCUCAGAAAAAGAAGUGCAGUUAUUAAAAAAGUGGAAUGAAUUUAAAUUAAUGGAAUUAAACAAUAAGGACAGUAGUAGUAACAAUGCUGAUAGUGGGGGAAGCACCAAAGAAUGCGCGGGUAGUUCCACCGCUGGCGGUAUUGCAAAUGGAGCAGUUAAAUUGGGUAAAGCAGUUAGGGAGGGAAAAGCAGUUAGAGAGGGAAAAGCAGUUAGAGAGGGAAAAGCAGUUAGAGAGGGAAAAGCAGUUAGAGAGGGAAAAGCAGUUAGAGAAGGAAAAGCAGUUAGAGAGGGUAAAGCAGUUAGAGAGGGUAAAGCAGUUAGAGAGGGUAAAGCAGUUAGAGAGGGUAAAGCAGUUAAAGCAGUUAACGCAGUUAAUGCAGAUAAAGCAAAUGGUGACAAGGGUUGGAGGACCUGUCAAAACGAUAUGCUAUCGGAGCAGCUGUACAAUUGUGGGAAAAUAUGUACCUUUAAUAAAGGUGCGCUUACUAUUGGGAGAUCCAUAGAUGGGAACGAGAGAGACGAAGAAAUGUGCAAAGAGGGUGAAAUACAAAUGGAUCGACCGAAAGAGUUUGUCGCGGAAAAAUACGACUCGCAGUACUAUAUAGCACAACAUUAUUUAUCACAAAAUAGUGUAAGUAAAAAACAUAGCGUAUGGAAAAAAGCAAACGAUGAAAUGCAGAACUACAGUAAGAGCCAAAUUAGUAGUGACAGAUUAUUGUCUUAUUUGAAAGGGUAUUUAAGGGAUGAACAGAUGAAUUUAUUUGUACAGGGUAAGAGGUACACAAGUAGCAUUUCACAUAUUCCACAUGAAUCUUAUUUUAAAUACUGUGAAAAGAAUAAAACAAAUAUAUUUAAUGUAUUUUUAUUUUUUAAAAAUAUUAGAAUUAAAAAUAUACAGAAGAAAUUCAAAAAAAAAUUAUAUAAUCAACAUCAUAUUUAUUUUUCCAAAAUUUAUGAUGGUAGUAAAAUGUUAUUUCAUAUAAAAUAUGUAUUUGUGAAAUUAGUAAAAAAAAAAAUUACAGACAUUAUCUGUUUACAUAUAAAUGAUUGUUUUGUAAAUAAUACCAUAUGCUUUUUUUUGUCCCUUUUCUUAUUUAUUUUCAAAAAUAUUCAAACAAUCAAAAUAAUAAGGUGUCGCAUACAUUAUUCCUACUUUUUCCUAUUUUUAAACUACUUGAAGAAAAAUCGAUUGAAGCACUUUUUUUUCAUGGGUAACAAUAUUAUUUAUGACCAAACAAUAUAUAACAAGAACAAUUGGGAUAACAAUAAACUUAAUAAAAAUUUUAUUAUUUAUUUUAACGUAAAUUAUAUUAAGAAAACCAAAAAGGGGGGAGCGGAAAAAGAGAAAAAAAAAAUUACAGCCAAAAAAGUGGAAGAAGAAGAUAAAACGACAUUACAAGGGGCUAAUAAGAGAAAUGAGAAUAGGACAGAGUCGUUUCUAAAUACUCAAAAAAUAAAACAAAAAAAUAUCACCACAGGAACGACAACAAUAAUGACAAAAAAAAAAAAAAAAAGCAAAAAUAAUGCAACAAAUGCCAAACAGAGAAGCAGCACUUCAUUACCAUACGAUGAUAACAGAAUAAUGUUUAAGAAAAAAAAUAAAAUUCUCUUCUUUGACAGUAACUGCUUUUAUAACUGCUUCGUGUUAAAACAGGGAAAAGGGGUAAAGACUGCAACUAGACACUCCGAAAUUGCAGCCAAGAGGGGCUCUGACCGAAUAUCACAAGAAGGGGUUAAAUCGGAGAAUGGAUGGAUAAACAACGUGGUAGACAACGUGGUAGACAAUGGAGUAGGGCAAGAUGAACUACCGAAGCAGUAUGAACAAGGCAUGCAUAGUAAAGGAAGUGGAAAUGGAGUUAACUGUGUACCGUUAAAUAGUUCUAAGAACGUUAAUAAUAAUGCGGAGGGGGAAGAAUGCGAAGCAGAAAUAUUCAUGCUAUCAUCAGAGAGAAAAAAAGAAGGCGAUAAGAUAAGUGAAAGUAUUAACUACAGUAAUGAGUAUAGUUACAAAAAAAUUAAUACAUAUAACAUAUAUAGCUGUUCAUCUGAUAGUGAAGAAAAUACAUCGGACGACUCUUUGCAGGAAUUAAACGAAUGUUUGUCUACAUUUCAAAGAAAAACACUAGAAAAUUUAAAUUUGAAUAAACUAAAAACUCUAAAAUUGUGUUCAAAUAAGCUAAAUGAUGAUGCACUUAUGUAUAUAUCUACAUUAAUAAAAAAAAAGAAAUUAAAUAAUAUGAAAAUAUUAGAUCUAAGAUGGAAUAACUUUACGUACAAAAGUUUGUUAACACUAUCAUUUGCGCUGACAAACACGGUCAUAAAUGAUUCGUGGAAUUCCAACAAGAGUAACGGUAGUAUUAGAAAUGGUAGCAAUAGAAGCGGUAGCAAUAGAAGCGAUAGAAAUAGAAGCGGUAGCAAUAGAAGCGAUAGAAAUAGAAGCGAUAGAAAUAGAAGCGAUAGCAAUAAAAGCGGAAGAAAUAAAAGCGGAAGAAAUAGCAGCAAGAGUAACUACCUCAAUAGCAGUAAUAAUGGUGAGGGGAAAAGAAAAAAAAAAUUAAAAUUAAGCAAACUUCUUUUAUCGGGAAAUAACAUUAACAGCUCUUUGUAUUCCUCCUUUUUGUCAAGUUUCUGUACAUGCAAUUUCGUAGUAGUAAAGGUGUUAGACUUUUCCAUGAAUAAAAUAGACAAUGAGUGUUUCCCAAUUACUCUGAAAUAUUUUAAACACAUACUGCAGUUACAGAAAAGGACAAAAACAAAAAACAAAAAUUAUCAAGUAUUUAUAAAUCUAGAUCAUAAUAAUUUGAAAAAUUCCAUUUAUAUUAACAAAUUAAUAAAAAUUUUAACAAAAUUUUCAAUAAAAAAUUAUGAACAAAAUGAAUUCACACAUAAGCUCUGUGCCAGAAAAAAAAAAUGUCCUGUGUUAUUUAGCCUACAAUAUAAUAAUAUAAAAAAUGUAGAUACAAAUGAAGAGUACAAGAAAUGUAAACAUAGAAUUAAAUUUUGA